AUGGCGGGCGCUGAGGGAGGAGGAGGAGAAGGAGAAGGAGCCGAAGGAGCCGCCGGCCAUGGAGGCACCGAUGGAAACACCCGCGAUGGAGGCACCGGCGGCGGCCGCAGCCCCGCGGCCCGCCCGGCCCUGGCGCUCCGCGGGGCCGCGAUGGUGGCCAGCGGCGGGGGGCGGCUGCUGGCGGCGCGGCGUGGGCAGCCCGGUGGUGAGAAUCUCUUCGUGUACGACUGUGCCAGCGCGGAGAAGACCUCGGGAGAUAAUGGGCAGGAUGGAAAAGCAACAGAUAAAGGAACUGAUGACAUCCUGGCUUUUGCCUUCUCCCCAUCAGGGGAUUAUUUUGCCUUGACAGAUGACAACAAACGUCUGAUCCUGUUCCGGACGAAGCCUUCCUGGGAAUGUGUUAGCGUCAGGUUUGUGAACAGGAGAUGCACAGCCCUGGUUAUUACAGCUGCAGAGGAUAAGAUUUUCGUUGCAGACAAGUCUGGUGAUGUCUAUUCUUACUCAAUAACAGAACCUCAGGCAGAUGGAAAGCUUGAGCUGGCUCAUGUGUCUCUGCUGUUGGAUGUGACCCUGAGUCCUGAUGACCAGUACAUCCUCUCUGCAGACAGAGACGAGAAGAUCAGAGUCAGCUUGACAAAGGCUCCUUACAGUAUUGUAUCCUACUGUAUGGGACACAGAGAGUUUGUAAGCAAAAUACUUGUAAUACCCAACUGUCCUGAUCUGCUGUUGUCAGCCUCUGGGGACUCGACUCUGAGGCUCUGGAAGUAUAAAAGUGGAGAAGAAGUGCACUGCUGUCAGCUGAGCAGCAUCUGUGGGUCUGAGGCAGCCAAAACUGACCAGAAGUACACCGUGUCAAGAAUAACCUACUGCUGUCAAGGUGGUUAUGUUGCCAUUCUGUGUGACAGUAUUCCCACAGUCUACGUCUUUCAGCUUGAUGCCACUGCCCAGCAGCUCGUUUACAAGCAGCAAAUCCCUUUGCAGCACAAAGGCUGGGAUAUUGCAUUUGGGGAAACGGGAGAUCUGUGGAUUCUGCAGGAGGACAAGGAAGCUCCUCUUCAGUUGUACAGAGCCUGUGAUGAACAGUGGAAGGCUGUAACUGAUGACAAGGAAUUGCAGAAGAUGUCAAAAUAUAUUCAAGACAACUGGACAGUGUUUGAAGGUUUUGUGGGCGCAGGAAGCUACUACAGACACCUCUACAAGGCCUCAUUUGAUAACAUGGACGAGUAUCUACAGAGGAAGGAGGAGAGGUCACAGCAGCAGAAAAAGAAAAGGCAGAAUCUGCAAUGUGGUUCCAAUGGACAGACAAAAAAAAAGAUGAAGGCUGAAGAGUCUUCGCUAUGACUGUUGCUAACCUUGUACCUUUUGCCUCGAUGACAGGAGGUGAUCCAACUGCAGACUUUUUAUAUGUAAAAUGGAUUCUGGAAGACUGGUUUAAACUUUUAUUCAGGUUUUCAGGUAGGCUGAUAUGACAAUAUCCUGCUUGCAGCACAUAAUGCAUUUACAAUAUGCCUAAGCUUUAGCAGUGUUAGUGGUUCAGUCCUGGGAAUCUCUGAUGCAUGAUAUAUGAAUAUUGGAGAGGGUAUUUUCCUUGAAACAGGGUCUUUUUUUGCCUACUGUGUUCAGGCUUUCUUCUCCAGGUGGAAACACACCUGAUGUGAUUUUCUUUUGGUUUGGUUUUGGGUUUUUUUAAACUUUCUAAAAGUUUUCUUAGUUAAUGUAUCUAACUUAGUGUACCUGGCUAUGGGAAAGGGAAUGUAGCAAAAUUCUUGAUGUAUAUGAGAAGUUUUAGCUGAGAAUUUCCCUUUGUCUUUCCUUCAGUUUAUGUGGUUGGGAUUCUGCCUAGUUUCUAAUCCAUUGCUUCUUACUUGUGAAAUAUUUCCAUAGGAAGAAGUGCAAAAGUUGAUUUUGUAUCUACAAAGUAAAAGUAAAAUGUGUCAGUCAAAUUUUGUUGUAUUGGAAAACCCUUCUAUUGCAAUAUGAUCCUCCUGUGUCUGUGAAAAUCAUUUGAGAGGCCUGUGAGCCAAACCUGGAGUGCAUCCUGCUUCCUUCAGCAAGAGCUCUUCCGUGUUGCAAUCAGCCAAGAAAUACAUCUUCUUGAGAAGUUACCAGCCAGAACCUUUAGGGGAUCACUUGUUGCUUCGUCACAGGGCAGAAGAUGUGUUCACCCGCCAGAUGGUAUCGUGUCCUGUGUGGAAUAUAAUGUGCUUUACAAAACCAGGUGUAGAAAUCCGUACAACCCAUUAAAAGCAUUCAGAGUGAGCCUGUGAACCGUGA